GCGGUCGAGCGACAUUGUGGCGCGCGGCGUGUAUACGAAACCGUGUGGCGCGUACAACUACAACAAGCAGCAACAAGCUCCGCCGCGCACCGGACAGUCGUCUGUCGGCAUCGUUGGCGCGCGUACGCAUUGCCGUCCAAGCAUCCGCGCGGUCCACAUCCGUCUCGUCGGCGGUGUCCAUAAUAUCAUUCGCGGCCUCUCGCGACCCUCUGCCCGCCCCUAUUCGACGUCCGUGUCUCCGAGCCCGUCGCGCUUCCGGUUCCGGCCGAGGCCGAUCGCGCCCAUGUGAUAUGCCCGGUUCGCGUCGUCAUCAUCGUCAUCGGUAUCAUCGAACGCGGCGGAAUGAUGGCCAUCGGCGGCGACGAUGACUCCAGCAGCGGAGUGGUGGUGAGCGGCGGUGUUGUCGUCGGAAGCGUCGGCUGCAACGGAGGACCUGGUCUUUUCCGGUCCAGGAGCCUUCCACACCUGUUGGGUAACGACUCGGGCGUGGGCGGCAGCUUCAGUGACGGCGGCGGCGGAUGUCCGGAAGGUGGUGUCGGCGGCCCAGGAAGUGGCUACCACGGCGGUGGUGGCGGCGCGCCGUUGCCGGGCCACUGCAGCAAGUCGCAACCGGCCGGCCUGUCAGCGCUCGGCGACAUUCGGCAACUGGUCACCCUAAAGCAGCACUACUACCCUGAGGGUGGCUGGGGCUGGGUGGUGGCCGCCGUGGCCGUGGCCGCACACCUCCUCACCCAUGGACUCCACCUCGCGUCUGGCGUGUUCGUCCAGGAGCUGGUGAACAAGUUCGGACCCGGCACCGUGGUACCUGCAGGAUGGCUGGGAGCAAUGUCCACGGGAGUGGCGCUGUUGCUGUCACCGGUGACGAUAGCUUUUUGCCGGCGGAAAUCCACAAGACUGACGGCCGUCAUGGGCGGCCUGAUCACUGCGCUGGGAUGUCUCUUCACCAGUUUCGCCACGCAGUUCCAUCAAUUAUUCUUCAGCUACGGCACCGUCAUCGGGAUCGGAGUGGGCAUGACCAGGGAUUGUUCCACGCUGAUGGUGGCGCAGUAUUUUAAGCGGAAACGUGAGUUCGUCGAGAUAUUCAUCGUGUCCGGCAGCGGGAUGGGCAUAGCCGUCAUGUCAAGCUUCAUCAAAGGAGCCAUAAGCGCCAUCGGCUGGCGACUUGGACUCCAGCUGGUCACCGCCACGGUGUUCACCACGUUCCUGUUGGGCACGUGCUACAGGUCGGCGUCGCUGUACCACCCGCAGAGACGAGCCAUCCUGCAUCUGAAGAACCAGAAGCGGAAGAUCAAGGACAAGAACAGGCACGACGACCGGCCGCCGUUCCUAGACUUCACCACGCUCCGCAGCAAGACCGUCCGAAUCCUGCUCGUGUCCACCGGCAUCAGCGCGUUCGGCAUAAAUACUCCGAUAUUCUACCUGGCUCACCAGGCCGAAGAGGACGGACUCGGCGACUCGGCGCUGACGUUGCAGGUGCACAUGGGACUCGCGUGGACGGUGGGCUGCGUGGCGUUCGGGCUGAUCGUCGUCCGGAACUCGGUGGAGUGUCGGAUCGCCAGACAGUACCUGUGCCAGGCGUCCGUGUUCAUGUGCGGCGUGUCCAUACUGGCGCUGACCACGGUCCGCGGUGACCGGCAGGGGUACGUCAUGUUCGCCUGGGUGUACGGCAUGUUCUGCGGCGGGUACCAUUACUCGCUCAAGAUGUACACGUACGAGAGGGUCCGGGCCCGGAACUUUGCCCGCACGUGGGGCUUCGUCCAGUGCUCGCAGGCCAUACCCAUCGCCCUAGGGGUGCCAAUAUCCGGUUACAUCAACAUCGGCUACGGCUCCAAGACGGGUUACUACUUCAGCUCGGCGUGCGUGUUGCUCGGCAGCCUGACCAUGUUCUUCAUCGACCUGCACCGGCGGAACGUGGCCCGGCACAAGCACAACGAGUCGGGCACGAAGAAGCUGUGCGUGUCGGACUCGUGUCCGCAGCGCCGGAGGCUGUCGUUCACCGUCGAGCCCGAGGAAGUGGUGGUGAUGGAACCGCCGCUGAACAUGCAGGGCGUCGGGCUCGUCGGCAGCGCCGGUGGUUUGGGUUUGAUGAUGGGCGGGGGUGGGAGUGGCGGCAGUGGUGGCAGCGCCGGCGGGGGCGGUGGACCCAACGACAAGCCCGAGCUGACUUGCAUCUCCGAGGAGGGCAUCGCCGACAUGGAUCUGCCCGACAACCUGCUCGACGACCUCGACUACAUCGGCGACUGCAUCACGUCGUGCAACAAGGUGGAGAACUACCUGAUGCUGAGCGAGUUCGAGAACAACCUGAUCGCCGAGAUGCCGGUCAUCAUGGACCGGAAGGGCCGCAGGUGGUCACUGGCCAAACAGGCGGAAGAGGAGACGCCCAGGGGCGGCAAGUGGCGGCUGGUCGCCGGACACAACAGCAGGAUGAUCACUGUCAUCGACGAGGCGUCCGUGUAAAACGACCGCUCGUAAUAAUAUUUUAUAUUCAUAUUAUAUUGUAUUAUUAUUAUUAUUAUUAUUUUUUUAUUAUUAUUUUUUUUUAUUAUCAUUAUUGUUGAAGAUGUGUUCAUUUUAUUUUUAUUUAUUUGUUUACUAUUAUAUUCUUUUAUUUGAUUAAAUUGUAAAGUGACACAUUAUACGUUUGGGGGUCGUCGGCGUUACACGGAUGUUUGCGGCGAUCGUUUUUUGUAAUCAAAAAUAGUAUAAUUAUAUACUUUAAGCAGAUAUGACGUCAUACAUUAAAGGAAAACAGUUGACGUUAUUGGAUUUUUUUAUUGUAUAAAAUUAUUUUUUUAUUUAUAUACGAAUACAGUAGUGAGUAGUUGUCUAAAUUAAAUUACAUGUUUGCCCCUUAAAUUAAAAUUUUUAUACUUAAUCGAUAUCUGAUAUCUAUUAGGUAUCUACUAUGAUAAUAUUAUAGACCUGCGUUGACGUCAUAUUAUUAUAUUUAAAUUAUAUAUUAUUAUUAUUUCAACGAAUUUGCUUGGUUUCAAUUUUAUCCUAUUACAUGAAACGAUAUUAUUUUAUAUAUUAAUAUCGUCAAACUGUAUAAAAUAAUUUAAUUACAUAAUAUUAUUAUUAUAGUACUAUUAUGUGUCAUUGGCUGAAUCUGUGAUCUAACUAAUUUAUUACCUAUAGGUAUACUGUUAUUUGUGAAAAUUAUUUUUGCUUACGGUUAUAGUUGAAUUCGAUACAAUUUUUCAUAACUACAAUAAUAUUAUUAUAUUAUGUACAAUAAGCUUUUCUUUUUUUUGAACUACUUAAUAAUGAUAAUAACACUACUAAUACGUGACACAUAAACGUAUUGUAUGAAUUGUAUAAAAACCACCGCCAACGUCACAUGUACGCAUUUUGUAAUAUUUUACAUAAAACUAUAAUAAUAUGUAAAUGCUAUUUAGUAGAUCACAUGAUAUUAUGAUGUUUUUCAUUACGCAUUUUACGGUUUUCGUUCAUUAUUUAUUAUCAUGAUAAUCUUUUUUUUUUCUGCCACAGCUUAACUCUCGAACAUUAUGUAUUGCCGUGUGCUAUUAAAAUAUAUUGUCAAUUUAAACUCAUUGAUCGAGAAAAAAUACAACUAACGAGUUCGAUAAACCUAUUAUUCGACGAAAAAUUCAAUAGUAGGACGUGUAGGUACUGAAGUUGAAACAGAAAAAUAAAAUAUUUUUGAAAUUGUGUACCUAAGUUAUUUCAAUAUUUCAUAACCGAAAUUGAUUUGUACACUUGGUGGGUACUUUGCGAAAAUUAUUGUAAAAAUCUAUAUGGUUUUAACAACGUCAUUACUUCUUUAUGUAUUUCAUGUCAAUAGUUCAGUCAAUUAUUGCCGAUUGGUCAUUAAUCAAAAACUUAAUUUUAUGUGAACGAAAAUCAAAAUCCAAUGAUGGAAAAAACAAAAUUUAUUUUAAUAUUAUUACCUAAGUGAAUUUAUCAAUAAAAAGAAAACCCACGAUAGAAGUGUAAUUUACUAUAACAUUAUAUGUCGUCGCACGCAUUACAUAAAAAACAACAAUGUAUAGCGAUAUGCAAAUAUAUAAUAAGCAAAACAUACAAUAAUCACAACACUUUUAUUAAUUAUAAUAUGUACUUUUAAAAUUAAUAUUCGUAACUAAUUUAUUAUUAUAGUGAUAUGAUAUCCACAUACAACGACAACAAUUAUAAAUUAAAUUAUUCAUAAUAUCUAAUAACCUAAGUAUGUCACUACCACCAUAAUAAUACAUAUAAGUGAUUUAAUUAACGUAUACCUAUUCAAUUUUUUUUAUUGUCAAGAAAUGUAGAAAAAAAUCGAAAUAUCUUCAUUGUAUUUGAAUAAUAACAUAAUAUUAUAUCAUUAUAUCAAUAACUAUUAAGAUAAUGAUGACCUUUUUGCUGAAAAGGACAUUGAAAACUCAUUUUGAAAUUCGUUCCUUAUGUGUAAUUUAAAUUAUUUAUUUUGUUAUCAUUGCUUACAUAAAACUUAUACAAGUACCUAUGUGCAAUUUUAUUUAGCGAAUUAUUUAUUUUUUGUAUAGAUAAUUUUUAUAGCAAUAUUUUUCUUAUCGCUAAUAUAAUAACAUUUAAAUUUAAUAAUUUUAGAAGUAAAUGAAGUUAAGACAAAUAUCCCAAGAUUAACUUUUACAAACGCAGGAAUGAAAAUUAUUAUGGAAAUAAUUGCAUACAGAGUGUGUGCAACAAAUUCUAAAUGGUCUUUGGAUAGGUGGAAGUGUAAUAGUACCUUUAUUGAUAAUACAUUGUAUGUUCGAAUCAAAGUGAUAUAUGUUUUUGGACACGGUUCAUUCUAGACUGAUCUUAGCGAUUUAAUUUCAAACUAAAAAAAUUUUGUUUAUUAGUCUAACAUCGAUAGGUGCCUCUAUGUACAUCAUGUCGGUAUCAUCUCCUAAUUAAUACGUCGCAUUAUUUUGUAGUCAAAUGACAAUAACUUUUGGCAAGCUCUUAACUCGCCAGCUCCUUGAUGAUUAUAACUUAAGCGUAGUUGUGUAUACCUAGUGUGUCGCUAUAGUUAUUAAGCAUUGCAUUUUAAAUGAUUUGAACUAGAUAAUACGUCGUCAUAAUGUUAUUAUUGUUUUAGUAUCCACUUUAUAAUAUUAUUGUAACGUAAUGCUGAAAGUGAUUUUGUUCAUUAUAUUAUAUUUUGUCGUUAUAUAUAUAUAAAAAAAAAAAAAUGAAUUGGUCCUGGAUAAUGUUUUAUUACUAAUGCCGUGUCAUUUUGUCGAGUGAAAACUCUGUUUAUAAUUGUGAUUACGUCGGUUUAUAAUAUUGAAGUUGAAUAAAAUUUGUACUGUACAAUAACUAUUAUUUUAAAUCGUAUAUUAUGUAUUUUGUUAUCCCACGUGUUGCAUAAUAUAGCUAAUGUGUAACGUCUUGUCAUAAAAUAUAUAAUUGGCACUCAGA